UGGCAUCGGAAUCAGAAUCAUAAGCAGAAUAGAAUACAGAAUCGGAUAUUCGCGGAUACGGUGGAGCAAAGGAAGAAGCUUGAAGUUUGCAUUCGAUUGACAUGCGUCGAUGGUGAAGUGGAUGAUCGAUGGAAAAAGUAAAUAAGAGAACAAGGUUUGCGAUUGGGACCGCGAGAUGUCAGUGGCGUAUACGAUGCUGCGAGUCAAAGAAACGCCGUGCGCGGCUCGCAUCGUCCGUCAGAGUAAACACAAGCACGAUCUCGAGCAAGAGGUACCUCGUGCGCUGCCAAGUCAGUGGCAGAUACUUUUUGACGAGUGUUUUAGACACGAACAGAUAAGAAAAACGACAUCGUUGGAAUAAAAGUGUUUGGAAAGUAAAGCGUGCAAGGGAUAGGCGAAGGGAUAGGUAAUGAUAAGCGAGGAGUAUAUAGAGCAGCAGCGGUGAGAAGAGGACAUCGUCGCAUCGUCGGUGAGGGCAUUGUCAAGACGCUUAAUGUGCGCGGUGCGGGCGCGUGGUACGCUCGAGGCGGCCACAAAUGAAGAAGAGGGAAGCCACGACGAGGGUGGUAGAGAGGGAAGAUGUCGAGUGGCUCGGUCUCGAAGCUCGUGAACGGUGAGAAUAAGAAGGAAAACGUUCACGGGUACGAGUACGGGAACAGGAAGGAGAACGAAAGCGGCGCUGCUGGCAGCACUGGCUCUUCUAUAGUUGUUCUCGCUGGUGAUACUAGUAACGGUCCUACUAUCGUUGCUACCGCUUGUACUGGUACUACUGCGUCUAAUACCACUAGUAACGCCGGUAGUGGCAGUGAUAAUAGUGAUAGUGGUUGUUCCGCUGAUAGUAGUGGUAACGGUGACAGCGGCAGUAAUAGCGGUGUCUGUGUUACCGGCUUGACCGCCGGGGGCGUCGUUGGCAGCGUGGAGUUUCGCGACGUAAACUCUGAUCUAAAAACAGCGGAAAAUCUCGAAACGAUACGAGAUCAAAGGGAAACGAACGACGAGACAGAGUUUAGCGAAACAGAAGUUCGAGACCUGUACUCGAGGUGUUGCAUCGAGACGCCAAUCGUAACUCUUACCACUACCACUACUACUACCAACACCACCGAUACCACUACUAUCAUCGAUCACGACGAACCAACGACCACGGCUGUUUCUGCUACUUCUUGUUACGAAGAAGACGAAGAAGAGGACAACGAGGAGGAGGACGACGACAACAUGGUUGCGGCGAUGAAUGAACACUUGUCCACCACGUCGGCAACCAGCGGCGUUCGGAGUACCACGGUCUCGACGACCAGCACCACCGUUAAUUCCGUUAUUAACCAGAACAAUAGUUGUUCGCGCAAUGAAUUCCAAAAUGUUGGUGAAAACGGCAAACCAGCCGCUGGAAUACUCAGUUUCCCUUGUGAUUUCGAUCACAUGUACGCCAGUAUGACAGACGGCGGAGCUCCGGCGGUCGCCACUGCCACUUCUGCUCUCGGUGUCAGUCCUCUUCGAGGUAACGAACCUCGUCAGAACGAUUUCACUGAGGUAAAACACCUCAAAGAGUUGUUGCUUCUUCAUCUCGAUUUGAUUCAACAACAAUCCGAACAAAUCGUCACCAAGGACAAACUGUUAGCGGCUCUUCGACAGGAAAACGAAACGCUUAAGUUACGUUUGGAGCGUAUGGACAGACGUGUCAACUUACAAAAAUUACGAUCGGAAAGUAACGAAAAUUCUAUUACGUCGGAGCAUAUCGGAACGUGUUCACCUCCAACCAUCAAUUCUGUGAAUGUGCCGUCGACCAGUGAAAUACACAGAAACGUUCAGUCCGAGAACAAUAAUUCUCGGUAUAACGAAAGCUUUAAAAUUCGUUUGAACACCACCGGUGGAAUUACUACCGUCAAGCAAGAAUUGAAUGAUAAUCAAGGCAAACUCGAAACAAAGGUAGAACCUAGUAGUGAUAUUAGAUUAGAUUGGGAAGACAAGAAAAAGAGAAGAUCGGACCCGAUACCCUUGUCUGGUGGAAGCAAAAGAAAAAGAGGUGUCUCGUGUUCGUCUACCAUUAGUAAUGACACUACGGUACAGGAUAAGGUGUUAAUUCAUGAAACUGGUAGAAAAAGUGAUAGAAAAGGAAAAUUAUUCUCAAAGAAGGAAUCUUUCCUCACGACAGAAGAACAUUAUUACACAGCUGUCGGAGAUCCUAAUUAUACGUUAAGUUUGAAGGAACCUAGUCCAGUGGAAAGCGAUACCUCCUUGGAAGUUCCAAAUUGGAGAGUGAAGAUAUAUACGAGCUGUUACACGAUGGAAGGGACUGAAAAUUUAGACGACGAAAUUUUUAACAAAAGGCAUUUAAAACUGGAAAAUGACGAGAGGAGAAGAAAAAGAUGGGAUGUACAAAGGAUAAGAGAGCAGAGGCACAUCGAAAAAUUAAAGCAGAGACAAGAACGUCAGAAUCACCAAGCUACGUGUUACAACACGAAUCACACAGGACCCUGCCCUUCGGCGGUCGAAGAAGAAGCCGUAUCGUCGUUAUGGCCUGAUAUAGAACAAAUACACAGUCUUCAAGUGGAUCCCCAAUUACCUGUUACUGCAUUUGGUGCUCCUAUUCCUAGUUUUUCUCCGAGCGAAUUUUCUUUACCUUGGUCAAACAUGCCACGAUCGAAUAGUCGGCGUCCAAAACGAUCGACAGGUAGAAGAAAAUCCACCAGGAGAUAAACAGUUUUACGACAUCAGACAGGACUACCUUUGUCUGAUAAUUUUUAAUCUUUAUUGUAGACUUGCUUCCUUAUAUUUUUGUUUUUUUUUUCUCUCUUUUCUAAAACCAUAUACUUUUUACUACAUGAAUAGGGGCACCAAAGAUAUUUUUAUUACAUUUUUUAAAAUAUAAUCCAGGAAAGAUGACUGUAACUAAUAGAAGUACCUACUACUUUUUUAUUUUCUACGUAUUUGUCUAUAGAAUGUAUUCACUGAACGAAGUUUAAACAAAAAGUGCUGAUCUAAAAAUACCCAUUUAUUAAAAUCGAUGAGAUCAUUUUACUUAUACAACUAAUGCCUAUCGUCGCGAUUUGAUAAAAACGUUAUUCAUUUAUUUGAUUUUAAUUAGUAUUUAUUAUUUAUAUCUGUGAAAUCUCAAUUGGGAUCGUACAAAUUAUAAUAAUCAUCUUAAACAUUCAGAUUAAAUGUAUCUUUUUCCAAAAAAUUGUGUAAAAUGAAUUAAUGAAUUUAAUUGAACUGAAAUGAGGAUGCUACGGAUGUUUGCCCAAAAAGGUUUGAUAUAAAAGCAAUAUUGUGCGUGAGCAAACAAUACGGUUUAUUUUACAUUCUUCGUAGCCCCUUUUCUUUGGUCUCGAAACGAUACCAAGGAAAGGUAUUCGUACCUACGGAAUUGUUCCACAACUAUUUCCAAAAAGUACCAAUGGUACAGAUGCAUUUAUUGUAUUACACAGAUGUAUUUAUCGUUAAGGACUAGAAUACUCUCGAAUGGUGGAAAUGUGUAGUUUGUAAUGUAAAGCUUGGAGAGUUGAAAACCAUAUUGGAUCAAAUUUUGUUAAUCGCAUUAACAAAAAUAAUACGUACGAAAAUAUGUUCGAUCCAUUAUGGUUUCCAACUGUCUGUAAUGUUUUCAUUGCAAUUUAUUCUCGUAACUAUCUGAUGCGUUCAUCCAGAAACUUAUCUUAGCUAUGUUGUACCCUUUGUGGACCACUUUGUAGUGUAAUAAAUGUAAAAAGCGUAAUUAUCUAUGAAAGAUUUAAAAAUAUUCAAAGGCGUAACUAUCGUCUUCCUGAAAUAUCAGAAAUACAUCGAAAGCACGAAUAUCUCGGGAUUGCAAAAACACUAUAUUCGUGUUCCAAAUUUGUAGCUUAUCGUAGGAAGAUUAAUUUGGCGUAUUUGGUUGAACGAUAAAGUCAUAAAAAUAACGGAAUAGAAAAUCUAAUAUUAAUGGAUUUAUUCGACAAACUAUAAAGCGAGAUACUUAAAAACUUGAAACAUGUAUUUUUUUAACUCGAAUUCUGAGUACUGUUACGCUUAGUACACGAGUGUGUCGGAGUGCUAUUUAACAAAUGUGGUAAAUACA